UGAAGCCGCGUUGCACACAGGCAGGAGAGGAUGGAGCCCGUGGCUGGCCCGGGCUGGAGUGGCAUUUGCCCGGCUACGGGGGGUGAGGGGGGCACCGAUUCGGGUCAGGACUACUCCGCGGCCGGGAGAGCCCUGGGGGCACAGGGCAGCUGGUCGGGGGCGGCUGGCUGCAACUGGAUCACGAUUCACCCCACGUUCACAGAAAUGAUGUCACUUGAUGUAUCUGAUAGCACUCAAGUCUAUGCUGCAUUUUUGGUGUACCUGGACCUCUUAGAAGGGAGGAACUGGCAUGAGGUGCAGCCUGUGGGAGUGGAAGAGCUGCAGCUGGUGUGUUUGCAUGCCCGUGCCAAGGAGCAGGAGGCGCUCCAGGUGAUGGUGCCAGUGCCUGCACACAUCCUGAUCAGCCAUGAGAGACUCCUUCAGAACUUGCUCCUCAGUCAGACCAGGAAUCCAGAGAUUCCAGGGAUCAGUGUUGUCCUGAGCUCUGAACCGAAAAGUAACUGGUUAAGGGAAAUACUGAAGAAAGCCUCUCUCCCUGCAGAGGAUCCCGACACCCUGGUGUCAGUUACCUUGGCUAUAGUUGAGACAGACUCCACAAUAGUCUACUAUAAAAUGACUGAUGGCUUUGUAAUGCCAGAUCCUCCUGAUGAUACCGAAGAUGUGGAUAAUAAACAGUGGAGGAAGAAAAGAAAGAAACUUUUCAAAUGAUUGGGACAGAGAAAACAAAACAUUUCUUUAACUUCUGUGCUCAAGCCCAAACAAAUGUAGGAACUGAUCUGAAUAAGUGGUAUACUAAAGUCUGCCUUGGCAUAUCAAGGAUGCAUUCAGGGAGAACAGAGGCUUGUGCAACUGCACUGUGAUGAAAUGCCAUUUGAGGUAUGAAGUUGGUCAUGCUUUGACAUAGAUCAGUCCUGGCUAAUAAAUACACUUGGGAAGUGCUUACAAAGCGUGUGUUCCCUCUCUGUCUGAUCAGGUAUAUAACAGAAUAAACACAUCCUUAC